CUCUCUCUCUCUCUCUCUCCCUCGCUUUUGUUAGUUUGCUACAGGCUUUACUUGCUCGGCCGAUAGCACACUCUGCCCAUUGGGCUUUGGCCCUCUUUUUUCCCUCUCUUUCUCCUUUGCUUGCUUUUCAGCCUGUACACCAAUACGUCCACGCACACAAGUCGCUGCGGUGCAGUGAAUUGAAGCGCAGUGCAUGCGCCCCACCACCUCCUGCCUCCCUCCCUUCCUCCUCCUUGCUUGCUUACAUUGCCGCCACCGCCACCUCACAGUCUCACACUGCCAUUGCCGGAGAGGAGGAGAAGAAGAAGAAGAAGGAGAGCUCGAGGUGACGACGACGAGGCGGCAAUGGCGGCGGCUGCGGCAUUGUGCGGCGUCGCGUUGCUGAUGCUGCUGCUGGCCAUCGAGGUGCGCGGCGGCGGCUACGGCGAGGAGGAGAAGGUGCCGCUGUCGGCGGUCAUCGUGCCGGACCCUUCCCCGGAGCUGCGGGAGCCCACGUCGCCGUCGCCGUCGCUGGCGCCCGCGCCGACGCCGGUGUCGGGAGCCGGCGGCGGCGACGACGACAUGCGGCCCAGGCUGCCGACGGAGCGGUGGCGACGUGGUGGUGGGCGUGGCGAGGAGCGACACACCGGCGGCGGCGGAGGCGGUAGCCACCACGCGCACUACGCGCACGGGCACGGCCACGCCCACGCCGCGGCGCCAUCGCCGUCCUCGUCGUGGGCACCAGCGCGCGCCCCGUCCCCCGACGCCUCGGCGUCGGCGCCGGACUCCGCCGCCCCGGGGCAGAGCGGCGGCACGGCGUUCAUCAGGAGCAGCCCCGCCGUGCCCGUCCCGCGCGGCGUCACCGACACGGCCACCAUCCUCCCCAUGCCCACGCCCGGUGACAAGCACCAGGAAGUGGGGGCAGCAGCUGCUUCUGCUCGAGCCGUUAUGGCACCGGUUGUGGUUGGCCUCAUCACCAUGAUGGCGUCUUUCUGGGCAUUACACUAGCUGUUCUUUAUCUAUAGUAUCUAUAGUACCAGCAGCAGCAGUGAGGGUAGUAUUAGCAGUGAUAAAGCUUCUUUGUUUAUGUAUGUUCUUUAUCUCAUCUCAGUUUGUCUUUCUGCUCUGAUCAUCUGUAAACAAAGCUCGCCUUCCUUUACCUACAUGGCCACGUUCUUGUCUUCC